AUGACCAAAGCAACGACAAGGUCUGAGGCUGCUGCAAGCAAUCCGUCUGCACGACCUCUCAACUUAACAGACCGCACCGCGUCUCGUCGACAGCGCGCCAACUCUGUUCAGUCAUCCGACUCAGACCCAACCUCAUCCUCGGGCUCAUCUUCGGAGGACAACAGCGAGAGCGAAAGAGAAGAUGAACAACACUCUGACCAAGAAACGGCUCGCACCGGAGAGUCGAGCACCCACGCAAAUUCCUCUGAUCCCUCCUCAUUACCUCGCAUCGCCGGCCGCCCGAAACCGCGCAUACAUCGCAUGAAAGGCGAUUCGGAUAUUUUGUCGCGGCUCAACUCUUUCUUGCCAAAGAUGAAGGAUGCAAAUGAGGAUUUGCAGAGGAAGAUUGAAGCUGGGGAGGCUGGAGAUCUGGUUCUCGAUAAUGCAGAUGAGAAUGGGGAGCAGUACAUUGAAAUGGUAAGGCUCAUGAUGAUUUUGAUGGGCUUUGCUAACCGAUAUCAGGAUCUUGGUCUUGGAGUCUUGGAAGAGAAGCGAGAUGGUGAUUCUUCGAGUGGCGAGGAGAGUGAUGACGAAGAGCAUAAGGGUGCCACUGGGGCUGGAAAGACCGCCCAGGAGAUGAAUGACUCGGAUAUCAUUGGGAAGCUCAUGGGAGGUAAGAAUAAGAAGUCGAAUACGGAUAAGCCGUCCAUCGAGGAGAUGGCUCAGUAG